AGAGCGCCCGCCAUGCGCGCUGCCCCCGCUGCCCCGCUGCUCCAGCUGCUGCUGCUGCUGGGACCGCGGCUCGAGGCUGCGGGCGUCGCAGAGCUGCCGCUGCCCGCCGUGGUCCUUGCCAUCCUGGCCCGCAAUGCCGAGCACUCUCUGCCCCACUACCUGGGCGCGCUGGAGCGGCUGGACUACCCCCGGGCCAGGCUGGCCCUCUGGUGUGCCACAGACCACAACGUGGACAGCACCACAGAGAUGCUGCAGGAGUGGCUGGCUGCUGUGGGCGAUGACUAUGCCGCUGUGGUCUGGAGGCCUGAGGGGGAGCCCAGGUCCUACCCAGACGAAGAGGGCCCUAAGCACUGGACCAAAGAAAGGCACCAGUUUCUGAUGGAGCUGAAACAGGAAGCCCUGACCUUUGCCAGGGACUGGGGGGCCGACUAUAUCCUGUUUGCAGAUACAGACAACAUUCUGACCAACAACCAGACACUGCGGCUUCUGAUUGCGCAGGGGCUGCCCGUGGUGGCCCCGAUGCUGGACUCUCAGACCUACUACUCCAAUUUCUGGUGUGGGAUCACCCCCCAGGGCUACUACCGCCGCACAGCCGACUACUUCCCUACCAAGAACCGCCAGCGCCGGGGCUGCUUCCGUGUCCCCAUGGUCCACUCCACCUUCCUGGUAUCCCUGCGGGCGGAGGGGACAGAACAGCUGGGCUUCUACCCCCCUCACCCCAACUAUACCUGGCCCUUCGACGACAUCAUCAUCUUCGCCUACGCCUGUCAGGCUGCUGGGGUCUCGGCCCACGUGUGCAACGAGCACCGUUAUGGAUACAUGAACGUGCCUGUGAAAUCCCACCAGGGGCUGGAGGAUGAGAGAGUCAACUUCAUCCACCUGAUUUUGGAAGCGCUGGUGGAUGGGCCCCCCAUGUGGGCCUCAGCUCAUGUGUCCCGGCCCCCAAAGAGGCCCAGCAAGAUGGGGUUUGAUGAGGUGUUCGUCAUCAGCCUGGCCCGCCGGCCCCACCGCGGAGAGCGCAUGCUGACUUCGCUCUGGGAGAUGGAGAUCUCUGGGCGUUUGGUGGAUGCCGUGGACGGCCGGGCGCUCAACAGCAGCGUCAUGAAGAGCCUCGGCGUGGACCUGCUUCCUGGCUACCAGGACCCCUACUCGGGCCGGACACUGACCAAGGGCGAGGUGGGCUGCUUCCUCAGCCACUACUCCGUCUGGGAGGAGGUGGUUGCCCGGGGCCUGGCGCAGGUCGUGGUGUUUGAGGACGACGUGCGCUUUGAGAGCAAUUUCAAGAUGCGGCUGGAGCGGCUGAUGAAGGAGGUGGAGGCGGAGAAACUUCCCUGGGACCUGAUCUACCUCGGCCGGAAGCAGGUGAACCCUGAGGAGGAGGCAGCCGUGGAGGGGCUGCCGCACCUGGUGGUGGCCGGCUACUCCUACUGGACACUGGCGUACGUCCUGAGCCUGGCCGGCGCCCGCAAGCUGCUGGCCUCCCAGCCCCUGCACCGAAUGCUGCCCGUGGAUGAGUUCCUACCCAUCAUGUUUGACCAGCACCCCAAUGAGCAGUACAAGGCGCACUUCUGGCCGCGGGACCUGCGGGCCUUCUCAGCCCGGCCCCUGCUCGCUGCCCCCACCCACUACGCGGGGGACGCUGAGUGGCUCAGCGACACAGAGACGUCCUCGCCCUGGGAUGAUGACAGCGGCCGCCUCAUCAGCUGGAGUGGCUCUUACAAGACCCUGCGGGACCCCCGCCUGGACCUGGCCGGCAGCAGUGGGCACAGCCUCCAUCGCCACCCCCAGGAUGAGCUCUAGGUGGGCCUCGGUUUUCUCUCCCCUUCAACAGCUGACUGUGUUUGGGUCUCCCUUUCCUCUUCUCAGCUGUCUUCUCUCUCGCCCUCUUUCCGUCUCGGGCUUCCUCUCUCUCUGUCUCUGUUUGUGUCUUUGACCGUGUCUGCAUUUCUCUGUCCACCUCUAACUCCCUUUCUCUCGCUCUCUUUAUCUCUGCCCAUCUCUGUCUCUUCGUGUCUCUCACUAUCUCUGUGUCUGUUUCUGUCUCUGUCUCUCACCGUCCAACUCUAGUUCUUUCUACUUCUCUCCCUCUUACCUCUCUUGUCCCACCAGGUCAGGGUGGUGACUCCAGAAAAGCACCCGGGAAUAGGCCAUAGCUGUCCAGGGAGCAGAGCAAGAGCCGCCACCAGGAACCACAGACCCAUGAGAGACCUGGCUGCCACCUUGGGCAUGGCCCCUCUGCCCUCUGGACCCGUCUUCCAUUGGGAGAAACCACUCAGAGAUGGGUCCCCUUCCCCACAGGUCACGCAGCACAAGGGCAGGGCUCACAGGCCCUCUUACUUUGCCAGCCUGAUUCAGGGCCUGGGGUGGAGGGAAGAAGGGAGGGCCCCCAGCCUUCAAGUUCAAGCUGGGCGGACACAGGAGCCCUGCCCCCAGCUGAGGACCCAGCUGCUGGGGCCCCUCUACCGCCUUCUACCUCCAGCUGAGUUCCCUACCCAGCUUGACACAUGGGUGUCACCUGCCACCCUCUUCCCUGGCCAGUGGGAAGUGCAGGGAGGGAGGUGGGAGGAGGACCCAGCACACAGUAGGCCCUCAAUAAAAGCUGGCUGGUAUUGCACUUUAUACUUU